AUCAAUCAGUCAACCAACCAACGCAACCCAUACGAAUACCCACACCAAACCAGCGAGCUUCACGCGCAACGCGCAAAGACUUACGAAUCGCAAAUCUCCACACGACUCUCUCAACUUUACUCACCACCCUCUUCGCUGAGGGAUAACCACGCCCCGGGAUGGCUUCACCACCCCAUGUGCCGCAGAUCAACAUCCCUCGCAAGCGCGGCUCCAUCUCCUCAGUCAACUCCGCGGUAUCCAAAAGGCGCAAGCCGUCGCAGCUACGGAACUCGUUUGCGCCGGAAUCAGAGAUCGCCGGUUCGCCUUUGCGAUAUUCGAGGUCGCCUUCAGUGGAUAGCGUCGCGACGGGCUCGAUCGCGAACGGCGCAGGAGGCAGGAAGAGGAAACGGAAGGAUGGAGAUACCUUGAGUGUGACGGGCAGCAUGCGGGGCGCAAAGCGACGAGGCGAUGACAGGAGUGCGACUGGGGCUGAUGGAGAGGCCGAGAAUGCGGAGGACCAAGAGGAGGAUGAUUUGGAAGAGGAGAUGGAUGCUGUUCUUGAGGGCGGUAGAGCUACUGAGGCGUCCAAGAAGCAGGAGAAAGAGCAUGAGCGAAUACUCAUGGAGGCCAUGGACCCGAAUCAAUCCGACCGCUACGCAACCUACAGACGUAUUCGAUUGAAGCGAGAAAUCGUCCGCAAACUCGUGAACCAGACGCUCUCUCAAUCCGUCCCGCACCCCGUCAUCAUCGCUGUGACCUCCUAUUCCAAGGGCUUCGUCGGAGAGCUCGUGGACCGCGCCCUGGCCGUUCGAGAUGAAUGGGCUGCCUCUCGCACACAUCUUCCCAACCCCAAUCUUCCACCCACGCUGCUCAAGGAAGGGUUCCACGCCCCACAUAAUCAUCGCCCGGAAGCCAGACCUACGCGACAAGAGCUUCAUGCAUCAGGUCUGCAACCUUACCAUAUCGAUCAAAAGGAGGGUUACUGGAAAGCGAUCGAGGAAGGUGCAUCGCUACAGGAUAGGCUGAAGCAGGAAGACAAGGGACCUCUGACACCAGCACAUCUACGAGAAGCACUCAGACGUUAUAAGAGGGAUAGAGAAGGAGGCGGUGCAGGUUUCGCUGGUAUGAGUCUGGAGGGAGUGGAGAGAACGAUGGGUAGGACUGGAGGAAGGAGACUGUUUCGAUGAAGCGCUUUCAUUCGAUACUCUACCUUUUCGAGGACCUUACAUGGGGCCCGUCUGCAUAGCAAGGAGUUGUUCAUUAGGGCAUUUUUGGGAGUUCUGGGUCUCAGAUCAGGCAAGAGGACUUAUUCCUGAUACUGGAAGCUGAUACUGGAAAAGGCGAUUCAUUCAUACACAUCAAUCAGAUAUCACUGAAAUUGCCUGCAUUGGCGUAAUUACAGAAUAAUAUACAGACCGAUACUUAUCUGCUUCAGCUAUGCUAUGGGCGUCCUAGGUUCAUUUAUCCUCCCCUGAGCAGCGAAUUUCUGCAACCCCCAAUCCAGGAAUUUAAUCAGAUAUCCAAGUUCCAU